AUCGUAUAAACGCCGAAAUAUGAUACAUAGUUUGUUUAUAGUGAACAGUGGCGGCGAGGUGUUCCUGGAGAAGCACUGGCGUUCGGUGGUCUCACGGUCCGUCUGCGAAUAUUUUCUGGAUGCCCAGAGAGCGGCUCCAUAUGAUGUACCACCGGUGAUAGCAACGCCUCAUUUCUACCUCAUCACGGUGCAGCGGGAUGCAGUGUCUCUGGUGGCCGCCUGCAAGCAGGAGGUGCCACCCCUCUUCGUCAUUGAGUUCCUACAUCGUGUGGUGGACACAUUCCAGGAUUACUUUGGUGAUUGCAGUGAAACAGUGAUCAAAGACAACUAUGUGGUGGUCUAUGAACUGCUGGAUGAGAUGCUGGACAAUGGCUUUCCACUGGCCACUGAAAGCAACAUCCUGAAAGAGCUAAUCAAGCCGCCAAACAUACUGCGAACCAUUGCCAACACGGUGACGGGGAAGAGCAAUGUCAGCACCACUUUGCCCUCGGGACAAUUGUCAGCGAUUCCGUGGCGCAGGAGUGGAGUAAGGUACACCAAUAAUGAGGCGUACUUCGAUGUCAUUGAGGAGGUGGAUGCCAUUAUAGACAAGUCUGGUUCCACGGUAUUUGCAGAGAUACAGGGACAUAUUGACUGCUGCAUCAAGCUAUCGGGCAUGCCAGAUCUUACCUUGUCCUUUAUGAAUCCUCGUCUAUUUGAUGACGUCUCCUUCCAUCCUUGUGUGCGGUUCAAACGCUGGGAGGCAGAACGUUUGCUCUCCUUUAUACCACCCGAUGGCAAUUUCCGGCUAAUGUCGUAUCACAUUAGCUCACAAUCUGUGGUGGCCAUACCCAUCUAUAUAAGGCACAAUUUCUCGAUUAAAACGGGUGAACAGGGACGACUGGAUUUGACCAUAGGACCUAGAAAUACCCUGGGACGUACAGUGGAUAAGGUGAAGCUGGAGCUGACCAUGCCGCGAUGUGUGCUCAAUUGUUUGCUGACACCCAAUCAGGGCAAAUACACAUUCGAUUCGGUGACCAAGACCUUGUCCUGGGAUGUGGGUCGCAUUGAUGUAUCCAAGCUGCCAAAUAUUAGGGGAUCGGUUUCCAUUACGCCUGGAACAACGAAUAUUGAUGCAAAUCCAUCCGUUAAUGUUCAGUUCCAAAUCUCACAGCUGGCCGUCUCUGGGUUAAAGGUGAAUCGUUUGGAUAUGUACGGGGAGAAGUACAAACCCUUCAAGGGCGUCAAAUACCUGACCAAGGCGGGCAAGUUCCAAGUCCGGAUGUAGGACACCCACAAACAAAGAGAGAAAAAGAGAGAGAGAGGACAAGCCACGUUCCGCCCCGAUUCCAGCUUUAAUUAAGUGCUAAUGCUAAGUGUAUUCCACUGUUUUAUGUCAUCCAAUGUCCAAUGCCUCCCCCCAAUAUAUCUCAUUUAUCUAUGUAUCUCUUAAACUAUCCAUUAAAAGUUCAACUCCA